GAUCGUAUGACUUCUCGCUCCUGCGCAGUCUGCCCUGGCCUAAACACCACUUUAACUUUCGUAUUUUAGUCUUCUCUCCCCUCGGCUAACAUGUCGGAGUACAGCGCGGUACCGGCACCCGGUGCUGGAGCUCCUCUCGGCGGACAUCUAGCUAUUGGUAUUGGUAACGGUGGCGGAAUAAAAAAAGAUGCCUUUGCAGACGCGGUACAACGGGCCCGGCAGGUGAGGCAGAAGGGGGAGUCGGUGUAGCUAUGCGCGUGAAUGCCACUGGGGAGGGGUGAAGAAAAUGUGUAUCUUGUCUUGUUUCGUGGUUGUUAGCUUGCAAAGCUGGCCUAACUAUGGUUGGUGAGCAAUAAAUACUGUUGCCAGUUAUGAUUAUUAUAGCUACCUAGCUAGAAGUCAAGUGAAUUUGAAGACCCAAUUGACUUGCCACUGCAGAAAUACCGUUGUUGUUACCAAUGCAUGCUAGCUAAGUUAGCCAUCUCCCAAUGUUGUGUUGACUAACGUUAGUACUAACCUAGCUAGCUAGAGCUGGCUGCUUCUGCUGCAUGCAAAGACAAAGUCCUGAUGAUCGACAGGCAGGCUUCGAGCCCUCAGCGUGUCAGUGUUUUUGAGUGCAUUCCCAACAAAGUAUAUAUCCCAAGCUAGCCAGCCAACACUGUCAAGUUUGCCCACUUCAGUUGAAUUGACAUUAUUCAGCUCACAAACAAUUAGCAUCUCAUGUAAUAUGUGAAGUGGCUUAGCAACGUUAGUUAUUACCCAGGACCAGCACAAUAAAUCAGACAGACAUUCAUCAUGUCAUGAGAUGCUCUUUGAAUAUCUGUUAUGUGUUCAAGUGACUUCAACUUUUGUGCAUCAGAUUGCUGCCAAGAUUGGUGAAUGUGCAGGGGUAGUCCCUAUGAACAACAUCAAUGCACCAGACGGCUUUCCCUUCACAGCACAGAAACGACAGCUGGAGGACCCAGGUACACACACACAUAGGCACUGCUGUGCAGAACAAGGGGACUGUAGAAGGUCUACUGCCAAUGUGAACCUCUGAUAACUGGGGUGUGUACACACAGAUUAUUGUGAGAUCAGAUUCAACCUUUGUUGUUUACUUGUUUUGUCUUCCAACAGAUCAGCCGGAGAGCAAGAAAAUGGCUCCACAGAGUGACGUGGACUCAGCCACAGCUCUGUGUAAGUAGCUCUUCCUCAUGUCCCCUACUACCUACUAAACCUGCUCUGUGUCUUACAUGAAUGUCAACCCUCUCCCCUGGUCUGUGUCAGUACUGUCCGGCCCCUCUAUCCUGGUCUGUGUCCCGAGUGGCGCAGUGGUCUAAGGCACUGCAUCACAGUGCUAGCUGUGCCACUAGAGAUCCUGGUUCGAAUCCAGGCUCUGUCGUAGCCGGGAGACCCAUGGGGCGGCGCACAAUUCGUCCAGGGUAGGGGAGGGAAUUGCCGGCAGGGAUGUAGCUCAGUUGGUAGAGCAUGGCGUUUGCAACGCCAGGGUUUUGGGUUCGAUUCCCACGUGAAAAAUAAUAUAUGUAUAACUGUAAGUCGCUCUGGAUAAGAGCGUCUGCUAAAUGACUAAAAUGUACUGUCCGGCCCCUCUCCCCUGGUCUGUGUCAGUACUGUCCGGCCCCUCUUCCCUGGUCUGUCACUGUGAGCAUCACCUGUGUUUGUCUUGUCCUCAUCUUGCAGUGUGUCAGUAAUCUGAGCCCAGUCCUCUUUCUAUAUCUCUCUCUUUCUUUCCUUUUACAGCCAUCGGAGCCCAACUGGCAGCACUGGCCCAGCAGAGGUAAGUCAUUAGCAUCAUUUGAUCCAUAACACUCCAAGUAGGCCUAUAAAAUGAAGUGAAAUAGCAGUGGGGAUUGGAAUUACAAAUCCAUUGUUCUUCAGCAGAAGACUAAUGGUGACAAUAUGUUGCCGAUUUGGAUAAAGAACUGUUGUGCUUGGCUUCUCUCUCCCACAGUGCCAGGCUCACAACCACCUCAGAGGAGUACAGUGUUCCUGAUGGAAUGGUGGGACUCAGUAAGUGUACAUUCUCCAACAUGGUCACCGGAUUCAUUUUUUUCGUGUUCAUGUGUUGAAUUUUAACAUUACUGGACUCAAAUCAUGAACAUCAGAAUCAAUAAAAAUAACAACUCUCCCCUCUUCCUCUCCUCCAGUCAUUGGCCGUGGUGGAGAACAGAUCAAUAAGAUCCAGCAGGAAUCGGGCUGCAAGGUUCAGAUAGCCCCAGGUGAGGGACUGUGGCAAAUAUGGCCUUCAUAGUCAAUGGUUAGGAGCAGAGUUAAACUAUAACUCAAUUCAUCUGUUUUUAUAGUUGUGUGUGUUACUGACUGUUGUUUUCAGACAGUGGAGGUUUACCAGAGAGGAGUGUGUCUCUCACAGGGUCCCCAGACUCCAUACAGUAAGUGAGAUCCCACUAGCUAAUUGUGGCAUGUUUGUAUUGUUAUCACAAGAUGCUGUUCACCUCUGGCCACUGAAUUUACACACCAGUGUCUUUAUAUAUGGCAAAUCUCUGUAGUUCCACAAUUAAUGUGUGCUAUUGCACUCAUCGGUUGAGUUGGCCACCCCUCUAUCUCUUCCACUCUGACUAGGAAAGCCAAAAUUUUAUUGGAUGAGAUUGUGUCUCGGGGGAGGGGCACGCCCCCCUCAUCCUUCCACGAGGCGACCAAUGGGCAGAGUGGCUCGGGGCAGGAGAUGAUGAUUCCCGCAGGCAAGGCUGGCCUCGUCAUCGGCAAGGGAGGGGAGACCAUCAAACAGCUACAGGUAUAUACAGACUGACAGUCAGUCGGCCUCACCAGUAGCCAGAGAAGUGUUCCACAACACAUUGUUGCGUGCGUUUUGAGAUAUUGACAGUUUGCAUCGCAAACAGGCUGUGUGCAGUGAUGCAAGUUUAUUUUUUGGUUGUUAAAUCUACAGAGCAAGCUUGAAAGAAAUAUAAGCAGGAAACUCGUAUCUCAUUACACAAGUUUUUCAUGGGCCAUGUGAGUGAAUCAUUGCCAAGAGUUGGUUGAGCAGAGCUGACCAUGCUGUCUGCCUGUGUAUAUCUGUCUGCGGCGUUGACAGGAGCGAGCAGGAGUGAAGAUGAUCCUGAUUCAGGAUGCGUCUCAGGGACCCAACAUGGACAAGCCCCUGCGCAUCAUCGGGGAGCCAUUCAAAGUCGAGGUAACACAAGGCCUUGCUACAAUCUGCAUCCCAUAUUGAAUUGGCAUGCUGUACUGCAGCUUUUGAUGUGCUAGUAGCUUUCUGUUCUCCCUAAGGAGACUUUAAUAAAGUUGUUUGAAUUUGAAUAUCUGUCCUGUGGGUCUGCUCAGCAAGCCAUGGAGUUGGUGCAGGAGAUACUGAGGGAGAGGGAUCAGCCUGGCUUCGGAGACCGGAACGAGUACGGCUCCCGCAUGGGGGGAGGAGGAGGGGGAGCCAUGGAUGUAAGUGAGAGGGAGCUGUGUGUGUGUGUGUUAGAGAGGGACUCAAAUUCCCCAUCACAGGUCUGAGGUUUUAUGCGUAUGAGAGCGAGCAACUUCCUAUAGCUAUCAGUCUCUAAUCUAUUUGGCACUGUCUAAUCUGCUCUCUGAUUGGCUAGGUUCCAGUGCCACGACACUCUGUCGGGGUGGUGAUUGGUCGCAACGGGGAGAUGAUCAAGAAGAUUCAGAACGACGCCGGAGUUAGGAUACAGUUCAAACCAGGUAAAUAAUGUUUCAUAAUCAUGUCAUAUGAACUGCUACUCAACUCAUUUACACUGUUUACUCACAGGUUCUGUGAUGUCUACUAACAAGCUCUACAUACUGUGUGUGGUGUAGCACUAGACUCAGAGGAAAUGUCCUGUCUUUGCAGAUGAUGGUACAGGUCCAGAUAAGAUGGCCCACAUCAUGGGCCCACCAGACUGCUGUGACCACGCUGCCCAGAUCAUCCAGGAGCUACUGCAGAGCAUCAGGGUCAGGGAGGAGGGAGGACAGGGGGUACAUACCACACACACAGAGUAGUAGAGGAUCUGAAAAACAGCCACUGCUCACACGCCAGCUUGGAACUGUUUACAAACAAGUGUAUUGGAGCUGCCUUGAUGCCAUGCCUUGUGGAACAUAGAACACUCAACGCAUUUAGUGAACCACUGGAACGUUGUAAACAAAUGGACUCCAUAACCCAGACAAAUGAUAGUCCUAGUGUUAGAGCAUUCACAUAAUUCCCCAUACAGGACACAUUACUGUUAUUAGGAGGCAAAUAUCCUCAUCUUAAACAAACUCUGUCUUACUGACGUCCAGGACCAGGACUUAAAUAUAAAUUGUAUUCCCUCUUCUCUUCACCCUCCUUCCUUCUCAGGGUCCUCCCGGGCCUCCAGGCAUGUCUCCGAGUGGUGGCGGCAGGGGUCGCAGCCGAGGGGGCCAGGGGAGCUGGGGUCCCCCUGGUGGUGGAGGAGGGGAGAUGACCUUCUCCAUUCCGGCCCACAAGUGUGGCCUGGUGAUCGGGCGGGGCGGGGAGAACGUCAAGGCCAUCAACCAGCAGACUGGGGCCUUUGUGGAGAUCUCCCGCCAGCUGCCCCCCAACGGGGACCCUAACUUCAAGCUCUUUGUCAUUCGGGGCUCUCCGCAGCAGAUAGACCACGCCAAGCAGCUGAUCGAGGACAAGAUCGAGGUAUGCAGGGUUCCUGCUCAGGGUAAGGAGGAAAGGGCGGAAGGAUGGAUGGGUUUGUGGUGUUGGGAAACUCAUCUGGGGAAAUGGACAUGAUUGCUUCUACGCACAAUCAAUGGAGUCAAACUGGCCAUUGAUUUGCUUUGUCUUUUCACCAUAGAUGUGAACAUAAUGUCCAUGCAUUAACUGGUUGUGUUUUGCAGGGUCCUCUCUGUCCUGUUGGUCCAGGUCCUGGUGGACCAGGCCCCAUGGGUGCCUAUAAUCCUGGUCCCUAUAACCCAGGACCCCCUGGACCACAGUGAGUGGACACAGAAAAACACAUGAUGUAGUCAUCAGACAAUGGCUUUUACUAGCCUCUACUUGCUAAAAUUUUCCAUUACAGAGAUACAAUCAUUGAUUGGACCAAUGGAAGUCUGUACUGAGCAGUAACUGGGUUCUCUCUCUCUUCUCCCCAGUGGUGGUCCUCAUGGCUACCCCCCACAGGGCUGGGGCAACACCUACCAGCAGUGGCAGCCCCAAGCACCCCAUGACCCCAGUGAGUGACCUGCAACAUUGAACUUUCAGACCCUCACUGUUGACAGGGAAAUGGUUACAUUGAGACUAACUUUCAAUGGCCUCUCAAUGUUUUCUCUCGCUGUAAUCACUUAUUUGAAAAGACUGAGAAAGGGAAAGCAAUAUGAAGUCAACUCCACCUAGCCUACCAGUGGUCUCUUGGAGUUUCCUACCAUAUAGUCUCCUUGUUGGUUAUUUCAAAACAGUGGUUACAACAGAGAGCAGGCUUUAGUUAGCCUGGUCUCAGAUCUGUUUCUGCUGUCUCGCAAACUUUAUUGUCUGGUGUCACAAUGACCAUAGGAGUACAGCACAAACUGGGGGCCAGGCUAGCUUUUAGUGGUACAUAACCCAGGAACUAUUAUCAAAAUCAUCUGUGAUGGGAGAAUGUCUUUCUGUGUUGGCUAUUGAUAAUAACUUGCCCUAUCUCUCUCUGCCCCCUGGUUUCUAAGCACAUGCAGGUAGCAGGGCACGCUCAGCCCUAUGAGGACCUCACCUCCAACUGCCAUCUUUUUUAGGCAAGGCAGCCGGCGCCGCGGACCCUAACGCAGCCUGGGCAGCCUAUUAUGGCCAGUACUACCAGGGAGGGCAGCCAGGGGGAGCAGUGCCCGGCCAGCCCCCCGCCAACCCCACCGCUGGUGGCCCCGCACCCGGAGACCAGCCCCAGGCCAGCCAGACCCCCGGGGGCCAGCCUGACUACACCAAGGCCUGGGAGGAGUACUACAAGAAGAUGGGUGUCGGUGAGACCAUUGGUCUACUGUAGUUACUAUAGAAACACUACUGGUCUACUGUAGAGCACUAUAGUAACACCACAAGAGGAAAGGGAGCAAUUGUUUCCCUCUUAGAAUAGGAAAGAUGGGCACUGUCUAAUUUUGUCAUUUUAGACAGUGUCUAUCUUUCACAUUUAAUUUUGUAUCGAGGCUUAUAGCUGGCUCUACACAACAGAUGUUGUGGGCUGUUGACUCUGCUUGACGUUAGAUUACUUUCAAGGUCUAAAAUCGUCUGACAAACUUUAAUUUUGAAGUGAACCAGCGCUUUAAGAACAUUAAUCAUAUUAACCUUGUCGAUCAUAGCAUGUCUCUUCUUCAUCCAUAAGACCCCCUCUCUUCUGCUCCCCCAGCCCAGGCAGGAGGCUCUGCAGCGGGGCCAGCAGGUGCCCCAGGUGGAGGCCAGCAGGACUACAGUGCAGCCUGGGCAGAGUACUACAGGCAGCAGGCUGCUUACUACGGCCAGACAGGACAGGCCCCAGGACAGCCUGCCACCCCUCAGCAAGGCCAGCAGGUAAAGUUACAGUCUGUGUGUACUGUGAGAGUACUCAGAUUUGUAUGUAUAACAAGUUGUUUUGUAUAUUGCGUAGGUGUGUGCGUUCUCUCCUGAGGUGUACUGGCCUGGGUUGCAGUCUGUUUUUGGCGUCCAGGCUGAAGAUGUUACUGGUUGUUGUGGAGCUUUGACUCGGUACUCUUACUCUGUUCUUUCUCUCCAGACACAGUGA